AUGUCAACCGCAACACCUCCAAUCGCAGAGCUACCCGGCUACUCCGCGGAUUCCAAAGACGUUGACGAGAAGAAGCUUGCUCCAUCAUUGGCAGCCGAGACGAAGGUGGCUCCGGUCAAGCAAAGCCAUGACAUCUACGAAGAAGACAAUUCCGUAGACCCGGUCUAUCAUGCAAAGGCACGGGUUCUCGGAGAUGCAUUCCAAGAAAUCGGCAUGGGAAAGUACCAGUGGUACUUGUUCUGCCUUACUGGUUUCGGGUGGUUUUCCGAUAAUCUGUGGCCGAUCGUGACAGGAUUACUUCUUCCCCCAACAAUCAACGAAUUCCACUACCAGGGAGCGUGGCUCAAGUUCGGCCAGGCCCUCGGCUCCUUAGCUGGAUGUGCGUUCUGGGGCAUAUCCUCAGAUAUAUGGGGGCGACGAUGGGCGUUCAACCUUACGCUGUUCAUCACUGGAGUCUUCGCAAUGGCCGCAGGCGCGUCGCCAAACGCCGUCACACUCUGCUCCCUCGUGGCGGUGUGGAGUGUGGGCGUGGGCGGGAACCUCCCUGUGGACUCGGCCAUAUUUCUGGAGUUCAUCCCACCCACGCACCAGUAUCUGCUCACCGUGCUGUCCAUCUGGUGGGCCUUUGGUCAACUCGUCGGCAGUCUUGUCGCCUGGCCGCUCUUCGCGAACUUCUCCUGCGCGUCCGCGGACGACUGCCCGCGCGAGUCCAACCAAGGCUGGCGGUACUUCCUAUACGCGAUGGGCGGGCUCAUGACGCUCCUCUUCUUCCUGCGCUUCACGAUCUUCCACCUGCACGAGUCGCCCAAGUUCCUCAUGAGCCGCGGGCGCGACGCGGAGGCCGUCGCGGUCGUGCAGGCCGUCGCGCGCUUCAAUGGCGUCGAGUCGAGCCUCACGCUGGACAUGCUGUCGCGGUAUGAUGUCGUCGAGACCGCGAAGGAGAAGGGGGAGCGGGAGGAGGGGGUCGUGCGCAGCAAGCAGGACACGAGCGCGAAGGCGCGGUUGAGGAGGACGUUGAGGACGUUUGGCGGAGAUCAUGUGAAGGGCUUGUUCGCUACGCCGAAGAUAGCGUUGUCGACGACGCUUUUGAUUCUCAUAUGGGCGCUUAUUGGACUUGCAUUCCCUCUCUACAACGGCUUUUUGCCAUACUUCUUGGCUACGCGAGGGGCGGACUUCGGGGAUGGCUCAAUUAACAUCACAUAUCGCAACCAAGUCAUCCUCAGCGUUGUAGGCGUCCCUGGCGCCCUGAUCGCAGGAUGGAUGGUCGACUUGCCUUACCUCGGUAGGAAAGGCACCCUGGCGACGUCAUCCAUUGUUACGGGCGUCUUGCUCUUCGCGGCGACGACCGCGCGCUCGUCCAACGCCCUCCUGGGAUGGAACUGCGGGUAUAGCGUGACGAACAACAUCAUGUACGGCGUGCUCUACGCGAUGUCGCCCGAGGUCUUCCCCGCGAAGGACCGCGGGACGGGCAGCGCGCUCGUUUCGUCCGCCAACCACCUAUGCGGUGCCCUGGCGCCGAUUGUGGCGAUAUACACGAACUUGACGACGUCGGUCCCAAUUUAUGUUGCCGGCGCGUGCUUCAUCCUGGCGGGUGUUCUGGCGUUCUUCAUCCCGUUCGAGCCAAGAGGCAAAGCUUCGAUAUAA